AUGGAACCAUCAUUUAAAUUAUCAUCUGGUCACAAAAUCCCACUCGUUGGUUUUGGUACAUGGAAAGCUGAAACUACAUUAGUUGGUAAAGCUGUUGAAGUUGCUCUCGAUGCUGGUUAUAGACACAUUGAUUGUGCUGCUGUAUAUUUAAAUGAAAAAGAAGUUGGUGAAGCAUUCACAAAGAAAUUUACAACUGAAGCAACAGUUAAAAGAGAAGAUGUUUUCAUUACUUCAAAACUUUGGAAUACUUUCCAUAAGAAAGAACAUGUUAGACCAGCUUUAGAACGUACUUUAAGCGAUUUAGGUUUACAAUAUUUAGAUUUAUAUUUAGUUCAUUGGCCAGUUGCUUUUGAAUAUACUAGCAAUGAUAUUCAAACAAGUGGUUCAACUCAAGAAUUUGUUUCAAUUCGUGAAACUUGGGAAGAAAUGGAAAAAUUAGUUGAUGCUGGCCUCGUUAAAUCAAUUGGUCUUUCAAAUUUCAAUGUUCAAGGUUUAAUGGAAGUUUUAUCUUAUGCUAGAAUUAAACCAGCUGCAAACCAAGUUGAAUUACAUCCAUUCCUUUCACAACCAGAACUUAAAAAAUUCUGUGAUAAACAUAAUAUUCAUUUAACUGCAUACAGUCCAUUAGGUAAUGGUGCAUUCGUUGAUAAUGAAGAAGUUGGUGCUAUUGCAAAGAAAUAUAAUAAAACCAUUCCAAAUGUUUUAUGUAAAUGGGCAAUUCAAAAGAACUUUUCAGUUAUUCCAAAAUCAUCAACACCAUCACGUGUUGCUGAAAACUUUGACCUUUUCAAUUUCGAAAUCGAAGAAGCUGAUAUGCUCUUUUUAGAUAAAAUGGAUAAAAAUCUCCGUACUUGCGAUCCAGCUAAAUUCUGGGGUGUACCACUUUUCAAUUAA